AUGUCGGACGAUACGGAUGGUGUUGCUGCAUGCGUAGCAGUAUCAUGCUGCUGCAUGUCUUCCAUAGGACUUCCAUUGAUGUUCUUUCUGAUUCCAUUAUACACCAACCCUCACAAUCCUGCAUUUUCUGUCCAAAAAUUCUACGUUCCAGCUUUCAAUAAGACAGCCAAUAAUUCUACAUCUAGCACCAUUGCCUUCAACAUCAAGCUUCAAAACCAAAACACAGCCAUUGGGCUUUACUACGAUCAUUCCGUCAACCUCACCAUCGCAUACACCUCUAAACAAACCAAUGACGAAUUCAUAUGGCAGUAUUCCGUCCCUAAGUUUUAUCAGGGCAACGCCCAAUCAAGACGGUUGGUAGACGAAAUCCAGAUGGUUGGGGAGAAUGUGGCGGUGUGGAACCAGACGGUGGUGGCGGAGAAUGCCUGGACUCCACGUUCACGGGCUAUGAUGACGCGGUUGGAGCCGUUGCAGCUUUUCAGGGUUGAUAUUGCCACUAAGGUGAGGUUCAAGUUGGUUGGGAAUCAUGGUAAACUGCUGGUGGUCAGUGCUCUGGUGCCUGUAAACCCCAACUCCGGUGAACUGUACACCAAACACGGGAUUAUGACGAGUGUGGCCUCACGGAUUGGUUGGAGUAGUGGUGGUCAGGUGGUGGUGUUGCUGGUUUCUACUGUCAUAAGUAUCAUCUUCGUAUAUGAUCUGUAA